CUCCAUUGCUAACUUCUUUCCCAUACCAUCAACUCAUCUUCCUUCACUUAAAAUAUUAUUUCUUUUCUCUUCCUUUUUGCUUGUUACAUGCUUCAUUUUUAGUCACUUCUUUACUCACUCACUCACUCACUCCCAUUUUCAUUCUUUGACCACCACACAAAAACUGAACUCUAUUUGCCUUCUUUAGUUGUGUUAAUUUUAAGUGCACUUAGAACUUAGCAAUCCACUAAUGGCAUCAAACUCCCUCUCCUCUUGGACACAAAAGCAGAAUAAGCUCUUCGAGAAGGCGUUGGCUUUGUAUGACAAGGAGACCCCGGACCGUUGGCAGAACAUUGCCAGAGCAGUGGGAGAGAAAUCUGCAGAGGAAGUGAAGAGGCACUAUGAGGUCCUCGUAGAGGACCUCAGGCACAUUGAAUCAGGCAAUGUCCCGUACCCGAAGUACAGGUCGACCGGAGGCAAUCGCUGAAGCAAUGGAGCAUCCUGACCACAGAUGACACUGCAGCUUAAUUAAGAAGUACUAAAUAAAAGCUCCACUGGUGGUCAAGACAAAGCUAGUAGAAAGUAUCAGUACAAGAAGUAUUUCAAAAUGAAGCUCUGCUAUGUAUUGUAGUUUUCAUUUAGCUUUCCUAAUCUUGAUGAAAAAACUUUUCAUCUUAUCAUGUAAUUGUAAUCAGUGUAAUAAUUAAUAAACUUUUCAUCUUUUUAUGUAA